AUGGUAAAAGAAAAGAAAAAAAAGUAUAAAAUUGGAACGUGUUUUGGAUGUCAAAAAUUUUUAUAUUGCGGAAUAAACUUAGAAAAGGAUAUAUGUAAAUGUAAAAAAACAGUUAAACCAACUAGAACAAAUAGAACAGUUCAAGUUAAAACUGCAUAUCCAAGAAUGUUUAACCCUACUUCUUCUAAUCAUAAACAAUUUAACUUUAUCAAAAGUAAAAAUGAAUGCUUUCAAUACGGAUAUGAUUUUAAAAAAAACAUUCAAUUAUCAUUUUGCUCAACAUGCAAUAGUUCUUAUCAACGUUUGUCUUCUAAAAAUUCUAACUCUUCUAAUAAAUCAAAUUUAACAGAAGGAACAGAAAAUACAGAAGAAAAAGAAACAGGAGGAACGAAAGGAACUGAUAUUGCAAAAAUAAUUGAUCUUGAAGCUACCUCUUCCGAAAUUUCUACAACAAUAAUUCAAAGUGAAUCUAAAUAUAAUAAUUCAGAAACUGAAAAUGAGAGUGAUGCUGAAUUAGAAUUGGAAGUUAAUUACAAACUUGUUAUCAAACAAGCAGAUGGUACCGUUCUUCCAGCCAAGAACUAUUCAGUUACAAUCUCUGAGUUGGAUGAGUUUUUAUUUGCAAUUCAAAAUAACAUCACGGCUCUUCUUAAAGAUAAUGAAAUUAAUGCUAAUGAUUAUAAUGUUUCUUUCAAAUCAGAAAAAGCUCAAGGAGCGGGUACUCUAUUAGUAGAUGUAUGUGAUUUUGAGAAUUUUAAAUCAGAAUAUAUUAAACUUGCUGCUGCAAAGAAGGUUGUGCUUAUUCUUAUUACCAUGAAAAAAAAGGAAAAGCUAGUUAAACGAAAAAAGAAGGAAUCUAAUUCAGAUAACGAAGAAGCAAUUUGUGAUGAAUCAAUUCCAAAGACCAAUAACAAUAAUAAAGUUCCAAAAAUAUCAGAUAUCUUCAUACUUGAUCAAAGAAUUGCAAAAAAUGUUACAGAGUUACGAAAAGAAACUUGGUGUCCUAUGCAUAACAGACAUUGCCUAAAAGAUUGUGAAUCUCAUACUGAAAUAAGUAAUAUGAUGUUUUCAACAUGGGCUACGGAAAUGCUUAAUGGUCUUGCAACGGUUAAAGAACCACCAACACAUCCUUCAUUUGCAUAUACACACCCACCAAAAAAUAGAUCUCAAUCCAUUAUACCACAAUUUUCUAAUAAUAUACAAGAUUCAAUUAAUCCUUUUUUUUCUAAUAUUUUACAAGCAUUAGUCACUCCACAUUUUUUCCAACCACCGCAAUCACAACAAUCAUUCCAACAACCACCAUUACAACCAUCAUUUCAACAGACAUCAUCACAUCCAUCAUCUCAACAAACUAUACCUUCAAUGGCCGAAUUUUUUCAUCAAAUAGAUGAGAUAGAAAAAACGGAAGAUUAUUAUUUUAAAUUUUUAGAGGGAUUCGAAAAACAAAGAAUUAAAGUUAAACAUUUAAAUAAAUUGAAUGAUGCACAAUUCGAAGCUUGUGGAGUAAUUGCAAUUGGAGAUGUUGAAACUAUUAGUGAAGCUGCUCAAAAUUAUAAAUAA